AUGGAUGAAGACAAGAACAACAUGUUGAGAUCAGUGUUCUUGUUUGGACUGCUAGGCCUUGCUCUCGCUGCUUCCAGCGACACCACUAAAGAGGAAGAUGACAAAAAGCCGCGUGUUAGUAGCAACCAGCCGGUAUAUUUUUCAUCUGCAUCCAGUGGAUCUUCUACAAGUGCAAAAGACUCUAAGGAGAACCAUCAGGCGCCCUCUGUUAACCAGGGAGGCCACUACUAUUAUUACUACCCUGUGCAGGAAAAACAGCAGUUAAAAGACAACAGUUAUUCUGUGUCUGAGCUUCAGCCGACGUAUGUCGCUUCUAGCUCUGGCUCCAGUUUCAAACCAGCCGGAACUACUAGCUUCGAUAAAAGUUCAGCCCAGGGCUCUUCAGGAUCAGAGAUCUACCAAGCUGCCGCGGACACUCAGGAUCUGAAUCCUACAGUCUAUGCUAGCCAGUUUUCAGGGUCCAGUUCCGGCCAGCUAGGAUCCUCAGGUCACGGCAGCGGCAUUAAUCAGUUAGUGACAGGGGUUUUUCCAGGUAAUACCGGAAACUACGUAGGCUACUUACCUUCCGCCAACAGUCUUAACUAUCAGUAUCCUAUUGGAUCUGGCAGCUACGGGCUUGGUCAGGGAAGUAGUAGUUACGGAUUUGGGUCAUUACUGAUGCAGGUGUUGGGUCUCCUUGGGCUAGGCCUUCUUAUACCCACAGUAACCAGCCUAACGGGAACCAGCGCCGCUACAUCCAGGAAGCAGGAAGAGUUAAACGUCUUCAGUGGUUUCGGGAAGAAACUUGAGAAGUACUACGCCAUCUAUCGGUCGGCUGUGGAAGAUGAAGACUGUAUGAAUAGAAUCAUCUGUGAACUUGGGAACGCUAUGAGUGACGUUAGAGGAAAAACAACUGUCAUAAAUGUUCUCGACCAGUUCGUACCGAAUUGGAUGGAGUCCAAAAUGGGCGUGUUCAAGGUGGCAGCUCUUUCUAGAGAAGUGGGCAAGUGCUCCAAGUAUCGUUGUAGAUGGUAGAUGGCAUCAUGUGCUGAGUUCGAACCGCGAAAAACAACGGUUAACUUGUAGCCAUCUCUUCAUUAUACCUUAACCAACCGGAAAAUCAAUUUGUCACGUGCGCUCAGAGCGGAACUGACAAACAUAACUAGUUAUAUAAACUCUGGCUAGCCUUAACGAUUUCAAAAACCUGUUUUGUAUCAACCUGGUUCCCGACUUUAAGGAAGAGGAAGUUUUUGUUCCCUGGGUUACAGAAGGUUUCGUUACCUUGAUAACGAUGGUUGACUGUACCUGUAGUUAAUGAAACUAGUUUGAUUUUAUCGAUGUUUAGAUAUGGAGUUAAGGAUGUACACGUUGCAGUAAUGACUAGAUGAAAAUAUGUAGUUUCACUCUCAGGUCUUCUUUUUCUUCUUGGAAUUCAGUCUCGUGAUUGAACGUAGUUCUAUAGAGUUGAUAUUUACAGCCAACUUAAGACUUUUUCAGGGCAACAAAUCACCAGGUCGCGCUCAUAACAACAAAAUCGCGUAGGAUCAAAGAUGCUUGAUAAAUCACAUUAAAAAAAGAAAAAAAACCCUAGCGCUUUUGUUCCAAUUAGACCUGUUUUUAUAAAACCCUAGCACUUUUGCUUGAUGAAUAAAACUCUAGCAGGGGCGUAUAUUCCAUAUAUACAAAAAGGCAGGUGCUCACACAAAACUUGUUGGCCGUUUUCACACGUAAUUAAUAUGUGAGUCGACAGUUUAUAUUCCUAAUGCUUACAAAAGUACCUAAAUGUUCACGUACCUAUAUAAAUAAAAGCAGCUUAGGAGAAAUGAACAUUAACGUUCUGUGAUUGCCAUAAUACCUGAUAGAUGUAAUAGCUGGUUUUAUUUAAAACAUGCAGUCGUUAGUGUUUCAUCGAUGUUUUUAUACUUUAUUCACUUAUGAUCGUAUUCAUCAUGGCAUUGUGCCCACACAGUUUGUUUGAAAUAUAUGCCCCUGUCUAGUGCUUUAGCCAGAUGAACCUGGACUUUUCAGGGGUAAAACCAGGACAUUCUUAGUUAGGUGCAACUUACAAAGAAAACGUAAUUUAAAUUAAAAUGAAAUAUCACUUUUGCAAGGUCACACAGACACAAGGAUCUAACAAAUCAUACUGUAAAGUUGAUAAAAUAAAGUAUUUUUAUUUCUACACACACAAAAAAAAAUGUUUUUUUUAUCAUAAUGGUUAGUAUUCAAUCAGUGAAGAAAGUUUUACACAUAAACAUCACAAUCACCAUUAGGUCUAAAAACAGACUCGUCAUGGUUGAGGUACCAGUGUACUAGUACAUUUGUAUAUAGCUGUAGUAAGUGUUGUUCAAACUUUUAACGUAUCAGUGUAGAAACUUUGUUUUUAUUUAUUUACUCUAUAAUUUGCAUAUGUGGAAUAUUGUAACUACGUUGUGUGAAAUUUGACUCUGAAAUGGAAGAGUUUUUAAAUGUGAUGUUCUAAU